GCCAGAAAGAGAGAGUCAUCUGUAUUAUUAGGUGAGAGAAAGCACUUGAACAUCAUUGGAAGUGUGAAACAUUUGCAAAGUACAGUUAAAAUUUGUGAAGAGUUAUUUCCAUGAGAGAGUUGACAAAAAGGCAGUGGUUGAUUUUGAUUAGUAGUUUUAGUCUAGGAACCUGUACCAGCUAUUAAAACUGUCCUACCCAUGAUCAUGGACCACCUCUCUCUCUCUCUCUCACACACACACACACACAUCUGUUUCUCUCUCUAUACUAUCUGUCUGAUUUUCUUUCUUCUUGAGAGGGUCAGUAAAAAGAUUUUUGCCCAAUUCAAAUUAUGUACUUGGGGUGUCCUUUCUAUUGUUGCGUAGUGUAGUAAUGUCUGCUCUGGCCCAUAUGGGACACACAGAAUUCCACAAAACAUAACUUGUCCAUGAUUCUGUCUGAAUAUCAAAUGUCUAUCAUCUCUGCAAUAUUCUUACUCUGUGUGGUGUUAUCUCUGAGCUAUAAUAUUGUUUCUGAUUGUGAUUCUUGUUAUGUGCAUCAGUAUGUAAGAAAACAUGAUCAAAAGUUUGAGCAGAAAAACAAAAGAUUCUGGGACUUUAAUGAGCAAUCCAACUCAUGGGUUGAGGUGGGAUUGCCUUAUGACCUGAUUUCUUGCACCAAUGGUGACUGUAGGGUAGUGAGUUCAAUUCAAGGAUCAAGCAAGAAGCGCGGGGAUCAACAUAAAGAAGGAGUGAUAAGGGAGAGUUCAGACAAGAAGGAUGAUGAUUCAGGGGGACAGGAGAGGAGUUCUUAUGAAUUCCUGCCUGUGAGAAAGAGGAUUUCUUUGACAAGAAUGUCUGAAACAUCGAUAUGGGUUACGGGAGAAAGCGGGUCUAUAUAUGAGAGAUUCUGGAAUGGGCUGCAGUGGGUGAUUGCCCCCCAUGAUUUACCAGUUUCUGCAGGAUAUGCGGUGUCUGUGUUUAUUGUCAAUCAGACAAUUCUUGCUCUAUCUGAGGCUGGGAUGUUGUAUCAGCUGACUGAAGAUGCACAGCCAAUAUGGAUUGAAUUUAUGCCAGAAUUUGAUAAGGCCACGAGUAAAGAAACAGUUCAGAGUUCUGAAAUUCGGCUUUCUGCCGGAGUUAUUUCAAAUGACAGGGAGAGAAUGUAUUUUUGCACCAAGAAUGGCCUGUUGUUGGAACUUGUUGGUUAUGAUCCUCCAAGGUGGGUGAAUCAUGGACGACCACCGGGAGCAAAUGUUGCAGCCAUAACUGAUGCUGCUACAGUUAGACCAGGACUUCUCUUUACCAUCAGUGAUGCAGGAGAUCUUUAUGAGUAUGAUCAGACAUCAAAGCCACCUUGGAAGAAGCAUAUAAACAGAGGGGGUUCGAGGAAAGAUACCUCCUUGGCUGUGUUCAGGGCGUGCAGCUUACAUCAACUAGUCGGAGCUCAUUCGUUUUCUCUCUUCCUGUUGACUAAGGACGGAGAGUUGAUUGAGAGGCGGCUCCACCAAAGAAAGUGGAAAUGGUUCGUUCAUGGAAAUCCCAAAGGGCAUCCAUUGACCUCCAUCACAUGCAGCUCUCAAGAAGAACCUCAUGAGAAUUCAAACUCAUUGUUUCUUACAUCAGCAGCCGGCUUCGUUUUUGAGUAUCAUAUUCAGAAACAUCCAGAUCAAGAUGCUGAAGAAAACUGGCUGAAUCACAACCAUCCUCCACAUGCAAAAGCUGCAAGAGGAAUCGCAGGGCUGCAACUGCAAGUCGGGAGAACGAUCUUUCCAAUGGAUGAUGGUCGCUUAGCAGAACUGCACCUUUCAGGUCUUGGCGGGGAAAGUUUAGGUCCCAAUACUCCAGUUAGCACAAGGAGAAAAUCUUUGCUCAAAUAUGUUUGGUCAUUGUUAGAUGCCCCUGAAACUGAAGGAUGGAAUGCUGAGUACUGCACUGAAGAACGUGGACCCUCAAAUUGCAUCUCAGGCACUAAAGACGAAACCGGUGAAGUUUCAGUUUCUAGAUGGAGAAAGGACAGUAGAACACAACAGAAUUACCUGUCACCUGGUGCUCAAGACGGCAGCUUGUCCAGUUCAGGAGAUGAUCAAGAUAUCACAGAUCAGUGGAAUGACAGAUUCUUCCGCUUUCGACUAAUGCAGAGAGGAAAAUCAUUUUUCCUCAUAACAGAUAAUGGAUUGAUAUUUGAAUACUUGAACACUGAAAAUGCAUGGUUCUGGCUGAGACAUGAACAUUCGACAGGAAUUAAAGGUGCUCUUGGUAACUAUAAUGGGAGCUUGUUUGUAGUUGACGAGCAUGGGAGCUUGCUUAUCAGAGAAAGAAGCAGCAGUGAUCUAGCAUGGAUCAAUUGUACUGACAUGAGGAAAGGUAAGCAGGUGAUUGGUGGUCCACCGUUUGACGGCAUACCAAGAACUAAGCCAGAUGAUGCAAUUUUCUUUGUUAGCAGAAGUGGGAGGCUGUUACAGUUCACGGUAGGAUCAAGAAAGUUCAAAUGGAAAGACUGCAGAAGUCCUGCAGGCAUGAAAAUCGCCAGUAUAGUGGAUCAGGAGGGGUUCAGGGAAAACAUUGUGUUUGUUGUUGGUAGAAAUGGGCGGCUGUACCAGUACAACAGAGUCACAGAACUGUGGCACGAGCACUACCAAUCCCAUCACUUAGUUUUAUCAAGAUCACCUGGAACUGCUGUGAGAUCAUCGAUACUAUCACUCAAAGGAUCUCUUUUUAUGAUCUCGGAGGAUGGAGGACUAGUGGAGUACCGAUGGAGCUCAACAGACGGAUGGGACUGGAUAGAACAUGGACCACCACAUACUAACGUGACUCUGAUUGGAGCACCUGGACCCUGCUUUGGGGGAAAUGAACUGUUCUUGACAGGUUCCGACGGGAAUGUUUAUCUGAGAUACUUGGAUCAAGGGGAGUGGAAAUGGAGGGACUGUGGGUACCCUUAUGAGGAUUAUAGAGCUGGUGGUGAUGGAAGACAAGAUGGAGCAAAGGCUGGAAAUGAUGAAAUUUGUGUUGACAUGGACAAGAACUGUGACCACAAGGUUUCAUCUACACGACCGAUCCCAUUUUUUGAAGAUUCAAUCAUAUUUGAGUUGGAAGAUGGCCGAUUGGCAGAAAUGAAGCGAAUGGAGGACGGGAGUUGGAUAUGGUUGCAUACAAUUGGUACCCCAACAAGCUUAUGCAUGGCAGAUUUCUGGACAUCAUGGGCAUCAUAAUGUAAAAUGCGUGUAGAAAGAAAGAUUAGAACUUACCAUACCAUGAGACAGAUUAGCCAGUAGCAUAGGCACUUUAGAUAAAAGGAACAGAAACUAAAAAUGUAGGUUAUAUCCUUUUAGACAUUUGGAAUUAUGGGAGAUGUACAGGUUGUAAGAAUAUAGAACAAGGACAUAGCAUCUUUUUUCUCAAUUUUGAAGUUCAUGCAUGAAUAAACAUCAAUUUAUAAAUUUUUAAAAAUAAUAUAUAACAAAUUUGACCCAAACGAGUGCACAAGUUGGAGUACAAGAGUAUUUGGGCUGCUUGCAUAUUGGUGGGAAGGAAAGAUGAAUAGUGUACAGUCUGCAACCCAACCAACAACACAAAUAUUCAGUGAUCUUCAAAGAGUUCAACUAGAGUACUAAACUAUAGAGCUAAACAGCAGCACACAAUUGAAGGAGCCUGGCAAAUAUCCAUACAAGGGGUAAAGAAGUGAAUGACAAGAAAAUACAAAAUCCUCACCAGAAACAACAAACAUACAUAUUGUUAACAAUUAGCAAAGAUUCACAUUAGUAUCUUCACCCUAAA